UGUCAAAGUAAUCAGCUUUUACUUUGAAAAGCAGAAAAAAUUUUAAGGUCGGAGUGACGAGUUGAAUUAUUUUACGUUUAAUUGCAUCAGAUAUAGAGAUAGAAAAAUUUUAAAUCAAAAUAAUAUUGUGUCAAACACAAAAAUGUUAACUCGUUUAUUGAAGCAUCAUACAUUGCUAAGACGAAACAUAAGUCGACUAGUGAUCUACGAACGCCAAAAAGCCUCCUUCGCUAAAGAUUGUUCGACGCUAAAACGCUUUAAUGCAUUGACAAUAAAACAACAACAGCAACGAUCGUUGGCCAUAUGUGCGAGAAGACUCUGCAGUAACCGCAAUAAACGUGAUGAGGAAGAAGAACUAAUCGAACAAGAACCCCAUGAAUAUAUUAUAAACAAAGAGCCGCAAUUACCGGCAACAGUGGCGGUGCCGGAAGUGUGGCCACAUCUUCCUCUAUUGGCCAUUCGUCGGAAUCCAGUCUUUCCUCGGUUUAUGAAAAUCUUGGAGGUCACAAAUCCGAUGUUGAUUGAUUUGCUAAGACGAAAAGUGAAAUUAAAUCAACCAUAUCUUGGCAUAUUUAUGAAAAAAGACAGCGAGACUGACAACGAAGUUGUGGACAAAUUGGAUGAUAUUUUUAAAAUAGGAACAUUUGCGCAGAUACAAGAACUUCAAGAUUUGGGUGAUAAAUUACGAAUGGUCGUGGUGGCUCACAGGCGUAUCAAGAUUACUGGACAGAUACUUGAAGAGCUAGUACCAACGAAGAAAGCGCCCACAGCAACAGCAGCAAAGAAACCAGAAACUUCUAAAACAUCAAAACAGCCUUACUCUAACGCCGCAGCACCUGGGGCAACUUCAUCAACGUCUCCUAUACUCAUGGUUGAGGUAAUUAAUAUUCAACAUGAAAAUUUCAAACAAACCGAAGAAGUAAAAGCUUUGACUCAAGAAGUAAUUAAAACCAUACGUGAUAUCAUUACCAUGAACCCUUUAUAUAGGGAAAGUUUACAGCAAAUGUUACAUCAAAAUCAACGUGUGGUCGAUAAUCCCGUAUACCUGUGUGAUUUAGGCGCUUCAUUGUCGGCUGCUGAGCCUGAGGAAUUACAAAAAAUUAUGGAAGAAAUGGAUAUUCCUAAACGUCUUUUGCUAGCUCUGGCUGUGCUUAAAAAAGAACUUGAAUUAUCGAAAUUGCAACAAAAAAUUGGACGUGAGGUAGAGGAAAAGGUGAAACAACAACAUCGCAAAUACAUACUGCAUGAGCAACUGAAAGUUAUUAAAAAGGAAUUGGGUAUUGAAAAGGAUGACAAAGAUGCUAUCGGGGAAAAAUAUCGUGAAAAACUCAAAACGAAAAAAGUACCAAGCAUUGUUAUGACCGUAAUUGAUGAAGAACUCAAUAAGCUGAAUUUCUUAGAAAGUCACAGUUCUGAAUUUAAUGUGACACGUAACUAUUUGGAUUGGUUAACGUCCUUGCCUUGGGGUGUUACCAGUAAAGAGAAUUUGGAUUUAGAAGAGGCAACUAAGAUUUUAGAUAAUGAUCAUUAUGGCAUGGAUGAUAUAAAGAAAAGAAUUCUAGAAUUUAUAGCAGUUAGUCACUUGAAAGGCACUACUCAAGGCAAAAUAUUAUGCUUUCAUGGUCCACCUGGUGUUGGUAAGACAAGUAUAGCCCGUUCCAUUGCUCGGGCGUUAAAUCGAGAAUAUUUUCGCUUUAGUGUGGGUGGCAUGACAGAUGUGGCCGAAAUUAAAGGACAUCGUCGUACUUAUGUAGGUGCCAUGCCUGGCAAAUUGAUUCAAUGCUUAAAAAAAACUAAAACCGAAAAUCCUUUAGUUUUAAUCGAUGAAGUUGAUAAGAUUGGCAAAGGUUACCAGGGUGAUCCUAGUUCAGCUCUAUUGGAGCUACUUGAUCCUGAACAAAAUGCCAACUUUUUGGAUCAUUAUCUAGAUGUGCCAGUAGAUUUAUCUCACGUUCUUUUUAUUUGUACGGCAAAUGUUAUAGAAACAAUCCCAGAGCCUUUAAGGGAUCGUAUGGAACUUAUCGAAAUGUCUGGUUAUGUAGCCGAAGAAAAAGUAGCGAUAGCUCGGCAAUAUUUAAUACCCCAAGCAAUGAAUGAAUGCGGUAUAGAUAAAAAACACAUCACCAUAAGCGAAGACGCACUGAAUACAUUAAUACGCAACUAUUGCCGUGAGUCCGGUGUAAGAAACUUACAAAAGCAAAUCGAAAAAGUAGUGCGGAAAGUGGCUUUCAAAAUUGUUAAAAAAGAAGCUGAACACUACAUUAUCGACAACAAUAAUCUAACGUCGUUCUUGGGUAAACAUAUUUUCUCUUCUGACCGUUUGUACAAAGAAACACCUCCGGGUGUUGUCAUGGGUUUGGCUUGGACGGCAAUGGGUGGUUCGGCUUUAUACAUAGAAACUGCCAAACGUAAAACCAUAACUCCGCCGAAAGAAGACUUAGCUGGCACUAUUCAUCUUACCGGCAACUUAGGAGAUGUAAUGAAAGAAUCUGCACAAAUUUCUUUAACGGUAGCCAGAAAUUUUAUGCGUUCGGUUGACCCAAAAAACACGUUCCUAGAAAAUAGUCAUAUCCAUUUGCAUGUACCAGAAGGGGCCACACCGAAAGACGGACCCAGCGCAGGCAUUACCAUAGUCACGGCAUUAUUAUCACUAGCGAAUCAACGACCUAUACGUCAGAAUAUUGCUAUGACAGGUGAAGUAUCGCUGAUCGGUAAAGUUCUGCCAGUGGGUGGUAUUAAAGAGAAAACUAUAGCGGCUAAGCGCAGUGGUAUUACAUGCAUAAUUUUACCUGAAGAAAAUCGCAAAGAUUUUGCUGAAUUACCACAGUACAUUACCGACGGCUUAGAGGUUCACUUUGCUGCAGUUUAUGAUGAUGUCUAUAAAAUAGCUUUCGCUAUAAAUGAAGAGCCACAGAAGCAAAAACAAGAAUUAGUUCAAUAAAAUGAAUUGAAAAACUUAAUGCUAAGCAUUAAAAAAAUUUUUGUACGCCACUUUCGGUUUUGAUUGGGACGUUAAUACAUACGAAUGUAUAUACAUUUUUAUUAAAAAUUGUCCUUGUUAAACAUUUCCAGUUACUUUUUUCCAAUAUUUCUGUAAAGCAAGAGUCAGCGAUAAGUGUUUAGAUAUGUAUUACAAAUUCGUUUUUAAAUUU